AUGGCACCUGUGUGUGCAGCAAAACUAAGGGCUUGGCUCUUCAUGCUGUUCAUUUGGUUGACACUACAUACCAACAUGCUUCAGUUUGCUGCAGCCACGAUACAAGGGUACCUUGGAGACACAGAUAUGACAUGCCCAUCUGUAUGCAGGUGUGAUGAGGACUUUAUUUACUGUAAUGAUCGUGGUCUGAACUCCAUUCCAUCACUGCCUCCUUCUGCGUCUGUCCUGUACCUUCAAAACAACCACAUAAACAACCCAGGCUUGCCCAUAUCCUUGGAGCACCAUCUUGCUGUCCGUGUGGUCUACCUCUAUGAUAAUGAACUGGAUGAAUUUCCCAUGCACCUGCCACCAUCUGUGCGUGAACUCCAUUUGCAGGACAACAACAUCCGCACUAUUCCUCGUACCGCAUUGGCUAGGAUGCCGUUGUUAGAGAAGCUCCACUUGGACGACAACUCAAUUUCUACUGUCUCUAUUGAGGACCAAGCCUUUGCUGAUAACCCACGGCUGCGCUUGCUUUUCCUUUCACGCAACCACUUGUCCAGUAUCCCCUCAGGCCUGCCUGCUUCUCUGGAAGAACUCCGUCUAGAUGACAACCGGAUCUCCACUAUCCCAACCCAUGCCUUCCGAGGCCUGAACUCACUUAGAUGUCUUGUCCUGGAUGGGAACCUUUUGGCAAACCAGCGCAUUGCUGAUGACACAUUCUCUCGCCUUUCCAACUUGACCGAGUUAUCUCUAGUCCGCAACUCCCUCCAGACCCCACCUGUCAACCUACCCAGUGCCCAUCUGCAGAGACUGUCUUUACAGGAUAAUGCCUUGACUCAUAUGCCACGUGGUUCAUUGGAUGGCAUGCGUAGGCUGCAGAGGCUGGAUCUGUCAGGAAAUAACCUGACCACACUGCCAAAAGGACUGUUCAAAGAUUUAGACAACCUGAGUCAGCUGCUGGUGCGAGGAAAUCCUUGGCACUGUGGCUGCAACCUGCGCUGGCUGUAUGACUGGCUGCGUGCCCGUAGUAACUCCAUCACUGUCAGAGGUCUAACUUGCCAUGGCCCUGACAGGGUGAGAGACAUGUCUUUGACAAACCUGACAAGUGAGAUGGAGGAAUGUGAGGUAGUCAGAUCAGGGUCCAGAGAAAAAGGAGGCAUAGGUGGAGUUGAGAGCUCGACCACCAACACUCCUCCGCAGGGUUCUCUCUUCACCCUCCGUUCAAAGCGUCCAGGUUCGGGGUUUCCUGACUCCGGGCUAGACUACACUCUUAGCAGCAGUGGUGUCGGGAAGAGCCUGGCCCUGAACGUGAAGCCUCUGUCACACAAUAGCAUCCGGGUCACCUGGAGUGUGGCACAGCCCAGCUCUUCCUUUAGGCUAAGCUGGCUUCGACUUGGAACUGGGAACACCAUGGGAUCAAUCACAGAGACCCUCGUCCGGGGUGAUCAUCGAGAGUAUCUACUUACCUCGUUGCAACCACGUUCUAACUACAUCAUCUGCAUGGUGCCCCUACCUGCCAGUUCAGAAAGCAAAGGGAUGAUUCCUGGAGAUGUUGACUCCGAUGAAGCUCUGGUUUGUGCAAAAGCUGAAACGUCAGACAUCAGCCCAGUGGAGGAGGAGGAAGGUCAAGACUCACGGCAGAUGACAACACUACCCCUGGCAGGGAUCAUUGGUGGGGCUACUGCCAUUGUAUCUUUGGCUCUUAUUUUCGGUGUCUUUUGUUGGUAUGGACAUAGGACUGGACAUUUGUGCACCCGUGACCACUACACUCGGAGCAGCUCCAGAAAAAACAAAACCUAUGAUGAUUAUAUUGAGUCCGGCACAAAAAAGGACAAUACCAUCCUAGAAAUCCGUGGCCCAGGGUUCCAGAUGACACCUAUGGCUGCUUGCCAGCCAAUGCAACCAAAACCCUUACGAGAGGAUUACAUCAUUCAUACCAUAUUCCCUUCCAAUGGCACUGGCUUGUAUAAAGGUACCAACAAUGUUUCUAAUGCAGGACAUGGCUCCAACCGUGGCUAUAGAGAAGGAGGAAUCCCAGAUAUAGACUACUGUUACACAUGAUGCACUGUACCUGAUUCUCUUCACAGUGUUAUUGGUAAACUGUAUAGAUGCACAAUAUCCCUUCGCAUGGACACUGAAGCACCCCUCUGUGCCUUCUUCUUCUGGUCUCCCAUUCCAAAUGACCUGCUGUUUGCUCAACUGAGAGUAGUGUAUGUGAUGAACUGGAACUGAAACUGUGCAGGAACAGUUCACUGCAGGAAGCAGCAGCCAAUGCUCCAGGUGUAAAUGCACAGCUGAGAGUUUUCUUCACCAUCUUAGUAAUGGCCUGUGUACGUUUCCUUUUCUGCUCUUUCCCUGUGACAUGUAAGCAAAGAAUGUAUCCUCUGUGGAAAGGUCAAACUUAGCAAACUUAGCAGGUAGAGUUCCUCUUUCACACACAGGAGCCACACCAGUCAGCUCAAGGACCGGUGAGAAACAGACAUUUUUGGUACUCAUUUCCUGCUCACCGGUCAUACACAGUAUGUAGUCUUAUCAACUCAUUGUUCCAAAUGCCUCAACUAUAUUGAUGUGCCCUACCAGCUAUCCAAGGAAAGGGCUUUGUAAAGCUGUGAAUUGUUCGAUUUCAAACAACCCAAUAACCACUUGUCUUAAAAUAGGCUUGUUAUUACCUUAUUAAGUAGUUGGCAGGGUGAAGAUCUUAUAAGGGCUGGUCAGCCUUGGUUAUAGCUCUUGAGGUCAUUCACCUGAGAUCAGUAUUGUAGUGCUGCACCGGAUAAAAUGCAGCACGAGUGUGUAGAUAAUUUCCUUUGGUACCGACUGGCCUGUGUUUGAAAAAUGCUUUGCUAUUUUUUAUCAGUGGUUUGUUUAGUAAUGAAAUCCUGCACAGCUCUCUUUAUUUAUUUAUUUUGUUCCCAAUGUGAUGGUUUUUGUCUCUGCUAAAACAGCUUUUUUUUUCUUUUCGCCCCCGUGUUUUUCAUUAUUGAUGAAU